CGAAUGAAUGAGGAGUGUGCUGACUUCUUAAGAGCUCAAACAAAUGCUGAAAAGGUUCAUCUCACAGUUGAGGUUGAUGAGAAAACAAGUCCAUCGGACAAUAAAUCUUUGGAGGAACCUGCACCUGAAGAACCGGUCUGUGUCUCUAUGGAGGAAGAAAGUAUAGAAAAUCCUCAAACAAAUGCUGAAAAGGUUCAUCUCACAGUUGAGGUUGAUGAGAAAACAAGUCCAUCGGACAAUAAAUCUUUGGAGGAACCUUCACCUGAAGAACCUGUCUGUGUCUCUAAGGAGGAAGAAAGUAUAGAAAAUCCUCAAACAAAUGCUGAAAAGGUUCAUCUCACAGUUGAGGUCGAUGAGAAAACAAGUCCAUCGGACAAUAAAUCUUCGGAGGAACCUGCACCUGAAGAACCAGUCUGUGUCUCUAUGGAGGAAGAAAGUAUAGAAAAUGUUGAGGAAAACACAGCAGGAGGGGACGAUGUCUUUGGUUCUACAGACUCUGGUAGGAACCUUCAAAUCCAAGACAGAGAUGUUGCCAAAGACGAGACUGAGCCGAGUCACAGCGGCCAGACACAAGCCUGUGAGCGUCACAACAGUAAGUCUUCUGGUGAUUUAAACGUCUUCAAGUCAUCUGUCUCGCGUAGGUCCUGGUUGGGGCGUAGGCUGUCUGAAGAUCUCUUCGUCAUGCCACAGAAAACCAACCAGUCACAAUCAAUAACCAAUCACCAAGAAGUCCAACCCGCUGAAUCAAAACCCAAUCCGAUAGCUGUAAACCCAACACAACCCCAAGAAGUCACCUCGUCACUGCCUGCAGAAGUUUCUAAGGGGGCUUACGCCCAGGAGGGACGGCAGCCGUCCGACCCCCCUAAACGUUUUGGUCUCUUCCGCAGACUUAAAGGAGAGCAGUCAAACAAGGCCAAGGCAAAAAGGACACCAAAAAUACAAGUGCCCAAAAUCCUAAUUCAGGACUUUAGCGAUGGCACAGAGAUGGGGAAACUGGUUAAAGAUGAGGAUCUGGAGAAUCUAAGCUCCAGGGAAAGGAGGAGGCGGCGGAGGGAGCAGGAGAGGAAGGAGAAAGAGGAGGAAAGGCUGAGAAAGAAGAGAGAGAGGGAGCUGGAAAAAGAGAGGGAGCGAGAAAGGAGGAGACCAAAGACGAGUGGAAAAAGUUCCCAGGUUCACAGAAAAAAGGGGAGCACUGAUGAAGCUCAACCUGCAAAGACUGGAUCAGAGGCGCUCGGAUGUACUUCUCCUUACGCUCAAUCUUACUUUUGACAGGACAUUUUUUAAAGUUUGUUUUCAAAUCUGAAGUGACGAGAAAGUUUUUUUUGUUUUUUUUUGCAGAAUGGACGACACAUUGGUUGAUGUUCAGAGAUUCAUCAUCCUAAUUCUUUGAUACUUGAACUUCUUGACAUGUAAAUAAAUAAAUAAGUUUUAAAACUUUGAAA